UAUCGCUGUUUCCACGUUCAGAACGGUGGCUGCCAUUGCUUUACGGCAACUGUGUCAACACGAGCAGUUGCAUUGUGGGAUAGGAAUUCUUUCCGGGUCUUCCGUGUCAGAAAUCUCCCCGUAGACAUGAACUGGGACAAUCAACUGAACUCAAUUCUAUCUGUAGCAGACGGCAGCGUUGCAAAGAUGAGGGAGAGACUAAAGUCACCAGGAAAAAUUUCCAGAGUAGGAGAAGCUACGGAGAGAGCUCAGGAUUCCGGCCACCCUACUCAUCUGACUCGAGCUGCACAUCACUGGCCAGAUUACCAGUCAAUAGGUUCUUCUGUGCAAAUGACAGAUCUGGCUUCCAUCCAGUCACAACUCCAGAUACAGAGUCAAGCUAUUGAGUCUCUAACGCAGAAAGUUCAUGACAUGGAACGAGCACACCAUUCGCAACAGUUUCACAUCGAGACACUACAAGAGGAGGUUCGAAGGCUACGUGCGGAGUUGGGGGAGAGAGAAAGGGAAAGGAGGGAAUUAAAGGGAAUACAAAGUCCAGGAACAGAGAGGAGGAUGGAGCAGUGGAGGAGAGAGAUCGGAGAGGAGCUGAACAGUCUGCGAGGGCACAUCACCAGAGCUUCAUCGCUAGGAAACCUGGAGGAGAGUUUUAGCUCAAAGCUUCGCAAAAAAGAGUUGGAAAAUCUACAAAGAGACGUGAAUCAACUGAAAACACGGUUGAGGCAACAAGAGGAGGAUGCGAUGCUGCAGCAGGCGGAGGCCAGAGAGACGAGGAGACGAUGCGAACGCAGCUUCAAGACUCUGGAGGAACUGACACAGAGUUACAGAAACCACAGUGCAGAUCUGGCACAAACUAUGUCGCAGUAUUCACACACACAGAAAGAGGUUUGCCUGAUCAGAAAUGCAGUGUCAGAAGUGAAAGACAAGCUAAGAAGUAUUCUUGGAGAACGUCAGCAGAUACCACUGUCAACAACACACACACCAGGUGUGUCACCUAUUCCACCACCUAGUGGCAUCAGUAAAGGACUCCGAGCUGUAGACUCCGACUCUGACGACUUCAGCCUAACUCCGAGCCUGGCUGAGAUCAGCUCAGACGAUCUGUCAUGGUCGGAUGACAAAGACUUAGAUCUUUCCCAGAGGCCACUCGUGCUCCUCGACGUCCAUUGCCGACAGAGUGACUUUACAUGUCCAAGAUCUGAUCUGGUAGAUAUUGAUGAUGAUGAUGAUGAUGAUGAUGAUGACAGAAAUCUAUUCAAAGAUCUGGAUUCGGGUUCCGACCUAAGCCUAAAUGACCUUUGAUCUGUUCAUGAGGUGAAUUAUCAGUGAUGUAUUAACACCUUAAACUGAUUUUAGUCUAGUUUUAAUCUGGAUUAGGUGAUGUUUAUAAGCGUUAUUUCCGAACAUACUUUGCACUAUUUGAAAGUACUUUUUAAAAAAUGUGAAAUUAACCAUUUCUGUGUGGUCUCCACCUGUCUUGUAUUAAUGUCUAAAACAGUAACAAUCAGUGCUACCUUCAACUCACUCUUUUAAAACCAAGGCUUAUUUUUAUCCCUUAAUAAAUCAUUACAAUGUAAGGGGUGUCAAACAUACGGGUCCCGUGCCAAAACCGUGCCGCUUGAUGAAUUUUAAAAAUUAAAACAUUACACACUUUAUGUUCAGGAAAUGAUAUAUCUAUAUAUUGAUAUAUAUUUAAUGUACAUUUCUGCAUAAAAACAACGGGGAAGAAUACAGUCCUUUUGUCAGUUAUAGAUAAUUAUGUUGUGAUUUUACUGGUCCGACCUGCUGGAAAUCUUAUUAGUUGUAUGCAGCCCAUGAACCAAAAUGAGUUUGACAGCCCUGCAUUACAUAGUCCUUUACUGGAGACACCAAUACUUAAUGUAUAUUGUGUGGGAGUAAAAGUGGUCAUGAAUUGGGCUGUGGACACUUAAGAUUUCCCCUGUUCCAGGUUUUAUGUUUGGACCAAUCCACUAGGGGUAGAGAUAACAUUGGUUCCUCAUAACAUCAAGUCUUGUCCCAACAAAGUCAAAGAGCAGAGCUGUGAUGUCAGGACUGAGUGUUGGUUUUCUGUAACUGUUUAACCUGUUGCUUACACAGUAUGCUUUACUAAUACAAACUGAUUCAUUACACUUGUAUCAGUAUUUCUAUUAGUAAAGUAGUUUCGUCAUUGUCGGAGCGUGUGUGUGUGUGUAAUCGUUUAGGGGUGUGGCCUGGUGGAGAUGUCAUCUGCCGUUCGCUGGUGAAGUGACGCAAGUUCCCGUCCUCUUGGUCUUUUCUUUGUCCACUGGUCGUUCUGGACACAGUAUAAGCAUUCAUCUGGUUCAGUAUGGCGCCUGGAGAGAUUGUGUUGUGGAGUGAGAGCCUCAGGAGUACUGUAGUUGAGGAAGGACAGCCAUGUGAGCCAUCGUAAGAUAUUUACUCUAUGUCUUCGGCGUGGACAGCACUAGACUCAGCAGAUUGUCUUGGUUUUGUGUUGUCCAGGCGGAAACCUCACAGAGGACAUUCCCAGGGCUCUUCCAGCCUCUUGACCUGUGACUUCUAUUAUUAGGAAGUUUUCAUUGGCAGUGGAAUGUAAAGAGGCUGCUCCUCAACGCUGCUCCUCAAUGCUGGUCAUAAAAUAAGUUUGCCAUUGCCCUUAUGAAAGGACUAGUUGUCCUCGAUGUUGUUGACCUGACUUUGCCCCCUAAGAUAGCAUCAACGUUAUGCAUUUGUACUGAUAGCUUUAGAGUGGGUGUCAGCCCUGGGGGGGCUUAUCAUCUUCAGUGCCUACACAUUUUGUAGUUCCCACAAUUUCUUUUUUCUUAGUAGAGGCAUCCACAUUCUGUUUCUGGGGAGUUCAAAUCAGGGACACGGUGUGACACUUUUUGGCGUGGUGGUUUGAAGGACUGGACAGAACACUCAAGUGUUCUGAAAUGUAUUUUUUUUUUCUGUAAAUAAUUUAUCUUUGUUCAUCUUGCAGAGAAAUUACAUACUAUUUCACUCAGUGGCAGCAGACGGCUAUAAUAACCAAAAGAUAAAUAAAAAAAUGAAACAAAAGAUAGAAAGAAUGAGUGGCAGUGAAGAAGAUCUUUGUCUUUCUUCAAUUCCUUUCAGUACGUUGGAUUUGUGUUCAAUUAAACAGGCCAAGGUUUAAUACUGAGUCAGUAAAUUGUGGGCAAAUUGAAAGUAGAAAUUGUAUUUCAUAUGUGUACAUAUAUAUUCAAAUAAUAUAUUCAAAUAUAUUCUCUUUGUAGAACGUAUUAAAUGUAUUUACUACAUGAAAUGCUAUCUUCUGGUUAAAUUGACCAUAGGUGAGAAUGAGUGUAAAUAGUUGGAUAGUUGGAUUCUGGAAGGAAUCUGAAGAGCGCUCGUGUUUUGUUUCUCCAUAAUACAGUUAGAGGAAUCAAAAAGCCAUUGAAAAGGUGAGGACAUCCCCUCACCUCCACCCUCGUCUCACUGUGU